AGGAAAAGUUAUUAUUUGUCUUAAGCUUUAUUUUGAAGUAGAUGGUUGUUCUUAAUCGCUGAUUUAAGUUGUUUGAACCUGGAAAUAAUUGGGUUGAAGUCUAAUUUUCAAUAGAAACAUAAACAAGCCAACACACAAGUCACUGAGAAGCCAUGGGGGAAGAUGAUUCUAACCCAAAAGAUGGAACUUUAAGCAAAUUGGAGGUGGAAGAUGACAAUUUUACGAAGGAUGGGACCGUAGAUUUCAGGGGAAAUCCAGCUAAUAAGAAGGAAACUGGAACCUGGAAGGCCUGCCCCUUCAUUUUAGGAAAUGAGUGUGCUGAAAGAUUGGCUUACUAUGGGAUGGGUACUAAUCUGGUGCUGUACUUCAAGCAUUGUCUAAAACUGAGCAGUGCUAAUGCUACUAAAACCAAUUCGGACUGGGGUGGAACAUGCUACAUCACACCAUUGAUUGGGGCAUUUCUAGCUGAUGCAUAUCUCGGCCGAUUUUGGACAAUUGCCAUUUUCUCAAUCAUUUAUGUUUUUGGGAUGACAUUCCUAACAUUGACAGCAUCAGUACCUGGGCUAAAGCCAACAUGUGAUACAUACGGUAAUUGCCAUGCAACAGAAGCACAAAAGGCAGCAUGCUAUGUGGCACUCUACAUGAUAGCACUCGGCACUGGUGGGAUUAAGCCUUGUGUCUCAUCAUAUGGAGCAGAUCAGUUUGAUGAUGCUGAUGAGGUUGAGAAGAAGCACAAGGGCUCUUUCUUCAACUGGUUUUAUUUUUCGAUCAAUAUUGGUGCUCUUGUUGCUGCUUCCUUGCUUGUCUGGAUACAAGAUAAUGUGGGUUGGGGAUUGGGUUUCGGAAUUCCAGCAGUAGCCAUGGCAAUUGCUGUUAUAACUUUCUUUUCAGGUAGUCGAUUGUACAGGAACCAAAAACCUGGAGGCAGCCCUCUCACUCGUCUCUGUCAGGUGGUGGUGGCAUCCAUAAAGAAAUAUCAAGUUGAAGUACCAGCUGAUAAGUCUCUUUUAUAUGAGACUACUGAUGCAGAGUCCAGUAUCACUGGAAGCCGCAAGCUCGAUCACACCAAUGAUUUUAGUUUCUUUGACAAGGCAGCAGUGGAGACACAAUCAGACCACAUUAAGGGUUCAGUAAGCCCAUGGAGACUCUGCACAGUGACCCAAGUUGAGGAGCUAAAAGCUAUCAUAAGAUUGCUUCCUGUAUGGGCCACUGGUAUUAUCUUUGCUACUGUUUACAGUCAGAUGAACAAUUUAUUUACUUUGCAAGGUGAUAAAAUGAAUACACACAUUGGGAAUUCUAGCUUCGAGAUCCCACCUGCAUCACUUUCCAUCUUUGACACUCUUAGUGUCAUCUUUUGGGUUCCAAUCUAUGACCUAAUCAUUGUGCCUGUCGCAAGAAAAUUCACAGGUCACAAGAAUGGCCUAACUCAACUGCAAAGAAUGGGCACUGGCCUCUUUAUAUCCAUAUUUGCGAUGGUGUCAGCCGCAGUUCUAGAGUUCAUAAGACUUCGGAUGGUGAGAAGACAUAACUACUAUGAACUUGAUGAAAUGCCAUUGUCAAUUUUCUGGCAAGUUCCCCAAUAUUUCCUCAUAGGGUGUGCAGAAGUCUUCACAUUUAUCGGGCAGUUGGAAUUUUUCUAUGAACAAGCUCCUGAUGCUAUGAGGAGUUUAUGCUCUGCUCUCUCACUCACCACAGUCGCGCUUGGGAACUACUUGAGCUCAUUGCUUGUAACCAUUGUUACUGCUAUAACAGCAACCAGUGGGAAGUAUGGAUGGAUACCGGAUAACUUAAAUCAUGGUCACAUUGAUUACUUCUUCUUGCUCUUGGCAGUGCUGAGUGUGUUAAACCUGGGAGUUUUUAUAUUUGUGUCAAAGUGGUAUACAUAUAAAAAGCCAGUGGGUACUCUUCGUUGAUAGUAUAUCCGGUUCCACUCCAUAGUGAAAAACUGAUUGUAAAUAACUUAAGUCUGUUUAAAGAGUCUGCUGCAAAGAAAUCAAUCUCUUUAAAUUU